GACCCUCACCCACUCCCUCUAACCACUCUGCCCUUGGGAUGCGCCGAGAACAGGAUGGACCCCGCGAUGCUGACGAGGAGACCGCUCUGCUUAGCGCGUCGCCGGAGCGGAAGCCCGUGAAGACGCCGACUCCGCUGCCAAGACUGCAGAUAUUCAUUCUGCUGCUGAUGCAGCUGGCCGAGCCAAUCACCUCGCAAUGCAUAUACCCCUUCAUUAACCAGCUCGUCAGUGAGCUGGACAUCACGGGCGGCGACGAGAAAAAGGUGGGGUACUAUGCGGGGAUGAUUGAGUCGCUGUUCUUUGCUACAGAGGCCAUGUUCAUCAUGCAAUGGUCUCGUAUCUCGGAUCGCGUCGGGCGGAAACCCGUGCUGCUUACCGGAGUCGGCGGUCUCUGCAUCUCCAUGCUUCUCUUUGGACUGUCCAAAACCUUCCUGGCUCUCGUCCUCAGCCGUUGCUUGGUUGGAAUGCUCAAUGGAAACAUUGGUGUUAUCAAGAGCAUGAUGGCAGACCUGACCGAUUCGACAAAUAUCGCACAAGGAUUCGCUCUUAUGCCCGUCAUGUGGUCUAUUGGUUGCACGAUAGGGCCUCUGAUUGGUGGACAACUCGCAAAACCUCACGACAGAUGGCCGACUCUCUUCACUCACCCAUUUUGGCAAUACUAUCCUUAUUUCCUUCCUUGCGCCGCCUCGGCGCUCUUCUCUGUUGGCAUUUUCAUUGUCGCUGCAGCUUUCCUCCGUGAGACGGUUCCCAAAACAUCCCUCAAGAAGACUGUUAGGUUCACCGAUGACUGUAGAGGCCCUGAGCCAUCGAGCGCAAUUCCACUCCGCGCUCUACUCACCAAGCCCGUGCUGUGGUCGAUAGCCAACUAUGCUGCGCUGGCCUUCCUGGAGAUCGCGUACCGAGCCAUUCAACCACUCUUCUUCUCUACCCCUGUCGAGCUUGGAGGACUUGGUCUUCCGCCGUCUACGAUUGGCAUCAUCCUGGGCUCUUUCGGCGUCAUGGACGGUGUGUUCCAGGCUCUCUUCUUCGCCAAAUUUGUUGGCUGGUGGGGCCAAAAGCGCGUCUUCCAGGUCGGAAUGUCGAUGUUCAUCCCUCUUUUCCUUCUCUACCCCGUCAUAAACAUACUCGCAAAAGCGAACGGAAUAACCCCGCUCGUUUGGUCCCUGAUAUUCCUCCAGCUGGCGCUGUUAGUGAUCAUGGACAUGGCUUACGGAUGUUGCUUCAUGUUCGUCACGAGUGCCGCCCCUAGCCGAAGGUCCCUGGGAGCAACGAACGGCAUCGCGCAGCUUGCCGCGUCGAUUGUGCGUGCUGUCGGUCCGGCAGGGUCGACUUCGCUGUUCGCGUUAUCCCUUGAUCGCAAUUGGUUCGGCGGGUACGGGGUAUACGCCAUCUUCCUGGUUCUGUCGUGCGCGUCCAUGCUGGUGGGAAUACCGCUUCCUCGUUAUGGCUGGGGAAGCGACGACGACGACUGAUGACUUUACGACCAUGACAUACAGGUUUGCAACACUAGAAACGCUCGUGCAAAAUGCUUGACCGCUAUGAUGCGGUGUUGUGUCGCGACGCUACUGGUUUCCGCAUUGCUGUUAGAUGAAAUGC